CCUCCCUCCGCUUGUCCCAAACCCCCCAAUCUUUCAUUCCUCUCAACAAAGGGAAUAACACCAAAGCACACUAUCGACUGAAAAGGGUUGCAAUCUUUUUUUCUUGUUUCCCUUUUCAAGAAAAUGUCAGUGAUGAUGGGAAAAUGCAGCAAGAUUCGCCAUAUCGUUAGGCUACGCCAAAUGCUGAGACGAUGGAGAAACAAGGCUCGCAUUUCAGCUAAUCGUAUACCAUCAGAUGUUCCUGCUGGACAUGUUGCAGUGUGUGUAGGAAGUAGUUGCAGGAGAUUUGUGGUGCGCGCUACGUACUUAAAUCAUCCUGUUUUCAAGAAGCUGUUAAUGCAAGCAGAAGAAGAGUAUGGAUUCAGUAACCAAGGUCCUCUAGCGAUUCCUUGCGAUGAAACAGUGUUUGAGGAAGUGAUUAAUUACAUUUCAAGAUCCGAGUCAGGAAAUUCAACUCGGCUCUUCAAUCUUGAAGAUUUUCAAAGAUAUUGCCAUGUUGGUGUUAGAAGUAGUAAACUCGAUUUUUGGACCGAAUCAAGACCGUUGCUUAAUGGGUUGGCUGAUAAAACAAUUUGGUAAUGAACAUAUCAACUUCUUGAAAAUAAAGAAAGAAAGAAAGGACGAAAAUACUCGGAUUCUGACCCGGGAUUGACUCAGUCCGAGUUAAGAAAAGCUCUCCGCGGGGUUGACAAGGGCAACAAAAUAAUAAUAAAAAAAAAAGACACUCCGCUGAGUUGUUCUGGUCCAUGGGAAUUGGUUUUUAACUUACCAUUGUACAAAGAGGUAAGUUGGUGGGUUUAGGGGUUUCUUCUUCUUUUUUAUUUUUUUCUUUUCUGGGAAAUUUUCAAUAGUUAUUAUUGGUUUGAUUGGCUUGUGAGUUACGGAGAUGAGUGAGUGUGUAUUACAAAACUCCGGAGGAAUCGAUACAUGGAGAUGGCAAGAAGAGGUGGCAGAGUUAUCCACCGAGUCGUCCCGGGUUCGACUCGGAGAGUAUGAAACACUUGAAAAGUGAAACGGAAGGCUGAUGAAGGCAAAAAAAGAAAAAUAAAGUGAUUAUUAAUUAAGUUUACAUAAUCACUUUUUGUAAAUUCUGUUAUUUAUUAAUCAAUGAAACAAUUUGUAGAGAAAUCAAUUAAUUCA